CACGUGUAGUGUUCCUCUUCGGCGCAGAAGAGCAAGCUGGAUUUUGACCGUUGUUCAAUUGCUCACUCCUCGAUUCCACCCCUUGAUCUUCACCCUUUGCGGUUGUCGACACCAUGACUCUCUCCUGGCCCUGGCAUUUUAUCACUCUCUCCGAUGCAGAGAAGGAGCAGCGUCGUGAGCUCCUAGACCUACGGGGGUCUUACGCUCAAUUCUCAAUGCUAAUAGCCAUUGUUCUGGUGCGGUUGUAUGUAUGGGCAUCUCAGCCCGGAUCGGAGCCCUCCAAGCCCAACCGACGCAAGCCUUCACCCAAGUCUUGGCUGGACUCUCCCCCCUUUGUUGGAUGGAUUGAGACGCGGCGACAGUACCUAGUCUGCUCAGUGUGGCUAGUGUGGCUCUUGAGUCUCUGCAUCUGGAAUUCUGGCGAAGACUACCUCCACCUUACCAAGUCCCUUGGACAUGUUGCUCUCUCCCAGUUCCCUUUCCAGGUUCUGAUGUCGCCGCCCCUUUAUCUCACCUCCAAACCGGCUUCCCCAUCUCUUAUCUCCGUGCUUACCGCCAUCCCCCAACCGACUAUUAAUGCCUAUCAUCGGCUCUUUGGUCGGCUGGUUAUUACACCCCUGCUGUUUGGCCAUGCUCUUCUCUACGACUCUUUCUUCCUGCAAUCCAGCCACCCGGACUUCGGGGUCUUGUUUCUGAAGCGUAUCCGCGAUGCAGACGUCCAGUGGGGAAUUCUGGGCGUGAUUGCGGUCACAUCGGUGGUGCUAUUUGCUCGUCCAGCAGUGAAGCCUCGGUGGGCUGUGAGCUUAAGGAGCGGAUCUGGAUCGGCUAAGAUGCGACAGCAGGUCUUCUGGGCGGUGCAUGUUGGCUUGGUAGUGAUCCUGGGGAUUGCAGCGUAUUCGCAUGUGGAGUGGGCCAGGAUGUAUAUGAUUGAGGGCCUGGUGGGGAGCAUGGCUAAUGUGGGUUGUGGGCUUUUGCUCUAAGCAUGGCUAUGUUGUCGCGCGUGGGCUACUCAUGCUAGGCUGGGUCUCGAACGUGUGUGCGUACAACAUAGUAUGUCCUUGAUUCAGCUUCAUCCGGCUGCGAAGCAUCAUGGUGGUGGAAGUAAUUGAAGUACGGGUUUAAGCGAGCGCUUUUCCCCCAUCGUUCAUGGUGGUCUUUGGAAGGUUCUGGAUGUCAAGAGGUCAAAUCAACAAAUAGCAACCAAGGCUGCAUGUCCAGGCUUUUCCUUCUC